AUGGUCGAAUUAUUUUACAAAGAAGAUUGCUACCCCAUUCGUCUUCGACCUCUGUCGGUGGGGCCUCCCCUGCAAAUCUCCCACCUCGUCCUUCUCGCAGAGGAUCUUCCAUUGUCCGACCGACCUCCUUCGCUCGUCCCAAGACUGCGCGUCCACCCCAGCCUGCCGCCCUUGUUAGCCCCCGGGCUGCGACUACUAUUCACCAAUGUCACCUAUGCAAGCCCGGCCUUCAGAGAAGCUUCUCAAGCAGCUCGCCGGGCCCGUUCUGCAAAUGACCUCUUGAAUCGUGACGCCCCUUCUUCUUCUCGGCGUAGGGCUCGGUUACCAUCUGAAGAUUCUGACUCGGAUGACCAACCUUUGGCUCUAAGGCUUCGCCGCCAAGCCCCUCAUCCUGUGCCAGACUCAAGCCCGUCCGCUAUCCCUUCUCCUUCACCUCCUGUGGCGGUCGCUUCUCCUCCUUCGCCUCCUAUUGCGACCCCGACUCCUGUCCCGAGCCAGGCAUAUGUUCUGCCUGAUCCCUCCACGGUUCCGGUUAAGCCUCCACUCGCUCAACCUUCUCCGUCUGAGGUUCAGGUUGAUCCCCCGCUGGUUCAACCCUCCACUUCGCAACAGCCUCCAAGCAUUGAAGCUGGCCCCUCACAGCGCCCUUCAUCAACUACCUCACCUCCAGAGCCCUCUCUUGUGCCCCCUUCAGCUCCUUCUGGGUCGGCCGCUAGACCUUCUAGCUCAGCUGCUGGGCCUUCCCAGCCACCAUCGCCUGUCUGUGCAAAGUCCCUGACCAUAAAUAAAUCCUUCCAUGCUGUUCAUUAUCAAAACAAGAUGCUACGAGACAAGGUUGUCGAACUGGAGCUGCAAUUAAAUAACCCGAUGCAAGCUAAUCACGCCCUGAGAGCUGAAGUAAAAGAUCUAGCCAAAAGGAAGAAUAGCCUGGAAGUAUCUUUGGCGAUAUCUGAUCGAGAGCUUAAGGGCCUCAAGGAAGAAAAAAGCCAGGUCGAUGUCGUGCACCAGCAAUACAUGGAUCAGCAAACUUUAGAGCAUCGGCGAGCUAUUGAUCAAUUGACCCAGAAGUUGCGUGUUGCUGAAACUUUAGCACAGGAGCAAGGCAAGAAAUUAAAAUCCCAGGAAGCCCAAUUAACAUCUCAAGCAGCAGAACUCUUGACAGCCCGGACUGAACUGGCUCAGGCCCGGGUCACUGCUGAGGGAAUAUCUACGGCCCUGGCCAUCUAUAAGGAAGGGGAGAAUGACAGCUGUCAACAAAGUCACACUUUGUACCUGCGUUCCCCAGAGUUCUGUACACAAGUAGGGCAGCGCUUCUCCACUUCUGUUAUUUUUGGUGCAGCCAGAGCUCUACAACAACUUUAUGAAUAG